GGACACCGCCGCGGCCGCUCGUCGCCUGGGCCUGCCUUCACGGCUGAGCCGCUCGUGGUCCUUGCCCGCGGCGUCGGCGCGGGCUGUUCCGGCUCGGCCCGCGGGGAGCCCCGGGAGCCGCACGUGUCCUCGGUCAUGAAACUUACUCCACAGCAAGCUCCAUUAUAUGGUGAUUGUGUUGUUACGGUACUGCUUGCCGAGGAGGACAAAGUUGAAGAUGAUGUCGUGUUUUACUUGGUAUUUUCGGGUUCCACCCUCCAUCAUUAUACAAGUACUCGUAAAGUCAGCUCAGAUACCUUGGAGACCAUUGCUCCUGGUCAUGACUGCUGUGAGACAGUGAAGGUGCUGCUCUGUGCCUCCAAAGAGGGCCUUCCUGUGUUUGUAGUGGCAGAAGAAGACUUCCACUUUGUCCAGGAUGAGGCCUGCUAUGCUGCUCGGUUCCUGGCAGCCAGUGCUGGUGACCAGCAGGCUCUGAACUUCACUCGCUUUCUUGACCGGUCGGGACCCCCAUCUGGAGAUGUGAAUUCACUUGAUGAGAAGGUCGCUCUGGCGUUCAGACACCUAAAGUUGCCUGCAGAGUGGAAUGUCUUGGGGACAGAUCACAUGUUGCAUGAUGGUACCCCCCGGGAGACACUGAUGCAUUUUGCUGUACGGCUAGGACUGCUGCGGUUGACAUGGUUCCUGUUACAGAAACCAGGUGGCCGUGGAGCUCUAAGCAUCCACAAUCAGGAAGGGGCAACGCCUGUGAGCCUGGCCUUGGAGCGAGGUUAUCAUCAGCUGCACCAGCUCCUAACCGAGGAGAAUGCUGGAGAGCCAGACUCCUGGAGCAGUUUAUCCUAUGAAAUACCUUAUGGAGAUUGUUCUGUGAGGCAUCAUCGAGAGUUGGACAUCUAUACAUUGACCUCUGAGUCUGAAUCACAUGAGCCCACAUUUCCUGGAGAUAGUUGUACUGGACAUAUUUUUAAGCUUAUGAAUAUCCAACAUCAACUAAUGAAAACAAGCAUCAAGCAGAUGGACAAUCUCACACCCUUAGUGACAGCACAGGAUCCCUCUUGUCUGCCCAGUGCCCCAGAGACAGCCAGCCAGUUCCUCUCUUGUGCAUCAGAGUCCUCGGACAGCCGGCAGAUUUCUUCUCUUCCUGAAGAGACUGAGAAUACUCCCUGCUGCCAGGGAAGUCUUGCUGGGCAGAUUAAAAGUCCCCGUGAUUUGUCAACAGAGGCUGAGGAAGAGAAUUCAGACUGUUCUCACAGGAAGAAAAAUAAAGGUGUGGAGAAAACCAGGGGAAAGGUGGAGCCAGUACCUCUUGUGGACUCUGGAACUGUGUCUGAUCAAGACAGCCAUCUUCAGAGGCUGCCUGACUGUGGAGGAAAGGAUACAGAAGACCUUUUGUCCUGUAGACCCAGACAUGAAGAAACUGGAACACAACUCUCUGGAGUGGCCACAGGACAGGAGUCUGUGAGUAACAGUGUGCAGCCGGGAGACACAGUGACAGAACUAGGUACAUCCCAGCAUUCCUCUGGAGGGGAACUGGCAGACGGUUCUGUGACAGAUGCCUGUGCUCCCGAGAGCACAAGAAAAGCAGAACCGAGUCUCGUGAACCUAGCUGCCACCACCCAGAAUAAUAUGCUUCAGGCAGGAGAAGGUAUAGAGGAAAGAUUUGAGAACGCUCCUGUCAGCACAGUUAGAAGUGAGCUAGUGGAUAAAGAUGUUACAAACUGUUUCUCUGCUGCUAGUGUCCUCAGUGCCAACAAAUCUGCAGAGUCUUCACCUGCUUUGAGUUCUGGAGAAACCCCUGAUGAAGAAACAGUGGGAACGGAAACUCUAAGACGCUGUGAGGAGCUAGCUGAAACUGUAGGAGAUCAAAACACUGUGGUGAUUCGAGCUGCUACAGAAGACAAGAUUUCCAAUGUGUCAGAACUUGACACUCCUCUGGCAGGCACGGGUGAGGUAAUGUCCCCCUGUGAUUUAACUUGCCCUGUGCUACAAACUGUUGCGAUGCUCGACCAGAAAUCAGAAGCUAAUUCAUCUCAUGCUCAAAGCCCAAACAGUCAGUCACCAGUUUGUUGUACAACUGGGGAUGAGAAACCUUGUUCAGACUCUGCGUGUCAGCAGAGCACAGUGCCUUCUAGUGGUGAGUUGGUUGUACAGCAUUGUAGUGACACAGCGAGACGGCCUGAAAUCUCAACCCAGCAGCCCAGCACACCUGAAACUACAACUGGGCAGCCCAGCACACAAGACCUGUGUACUUCAACCGGUCUGGAGGACUCACAAGCUGACCCCAUCCCUUCUGACCCUGUACGAGUUACCCAGGAAUGUGGGAAUUUUUGUCCUCUUGAAGUUUUAGGAAGAAAGGUCCAAGGAGAAGAUCUGAACCGAGAUAUACCUUUAACGAAUUUGCCUGAGGUAGCUUCAUGUCUGCCUCUGGUUGUCUCUCAAACUGAGAAAGAACUGGUGCCAGACCAGACUGUGCCAUCAGACAGUGUUUUCUCUCUGGCAAGCAGUCCAAUUGGUGAAUCAGUAACCAAAGAUGACGCACUUUCCCUUGUCCCCUCCCAGAAAGAAAGGGGAACAGCAACUCUUGAACUCCAUAGGGCUGUGCCUUGCAGAGAAGGCCCGGACCGAGGGGAUUCAGAGGAGCCUGACGAACAGCUGCUAGAAGAUAGAGCAGCAAGUCCGCCCUCAUCAACUGCUGUUGGAGAGCUUCAGCCCAGCAUGGGCAAUACCAAUCCCACUGGCCUUGGUGAGGAGCACGAGGGGCCUGGCUACUCAGCAACUCCCGAAGCACUCACUGACCCUUCUCUGCUGAGUGUGGAGACAGCCACUUUGGCCUCUGAGUCAGUUUUGACUGAAGAAGGAAAAAAUCUGGUGGUUCCAGAAAGCGCUGCAGCUCAGGGACAAGACGACAAGGACAAAGCAGUGACUCGUUCUUCUAUUAAGGAAGACACCCUUUCUUCAGAAACAUUGCAGGAAGAGCAGAGAAUCCCGCCUCCAGCCCAAGAGACAGCCAGGUUUGGUGAUCAACCUGCCUUAGCUGCCUGCACCAAGGACGCAGCACUGCAGCCCCACGAGUCACUGGACACACCCUCCGCCUGUCUUAAGACAGAAGCUACACACAACAAGGAAGAGGCCCCACAGGCCUCCCCGCUGACUGAAGGUGGGGCCCCACUGAGCCUGGUGCCACCAGGACCAGGUCUGGCUGCAGACUCAAGGGAGGAAGUGUCGGGGGCAGAGCCCAGCAGUUCAUCGCCACAGCCAGGGCUGCUGCCAAGGGAGUCCAAGGCUGCGCAUUGCGAUCCACCUCUUCCUCUGGAUGGUGAAGUGACGAACACCCAGGUCCCAGGGACCACCAGCACCUGUGAGGUGGGCAGAAAUGCGGUGGAGGAUGUGGUAGUGGUUAACACUUUGCAAAGUACUGCCGAGUCCCGAGGAAAGGAUCUGUCUCGCAACACUGAAGACAACUCGGUUUCAGAAGUUUCAGUGAGCCGAGAGAACAAUAUGAUUGUCAGUCUGCCAGGAGCUCUGCCAGACAAAGGUGGGAUCGGCUUGCAAGGAGCUGCAGCCCCAGAGACUGUAACCCUCGAUCAAAAGAGAGGGAGGCAGGAGGGAGACCACAGCUGUUCCAUGGCUGACUCCAAGGAGGCUCACAUGGAUGAUGGAACAUUGCUGCCUUUUGCCAAGGAGCCCCCUACAGGCACAGGGCUCCUAGUUCUUGAUGACGAGACCCUAGAGGGCAUGAGACAAAUCACACAGGCCUCAGCACCUGGUGAGGAAAGGAGUAAUCUCUCUCUACCUGGCAUGGUUUCAAUUGUACCUAAGGGAGCAGACUCAAUAGAAGAGGCUGCCAGUCGUUUAGUGGAGGCGGUCAUUGAGCGUGUCAAAGCCUCCGGAGCAUUGGUGACUGGAGGGGAAGUGUGUCACAUAUCAUCACUGUCCAGUUCUGAGUUGGGCCCUCGGACCGAACAGCCAGAGAAUGCUUCUGUAGACAAAGCGAGUGCUUUUCCACCUGGAGAGACCCUUCAAAUGGCGACUACUGGAGAAGCCACCAGCAGCCUGAAGGGAUGUUUUGAUAGAACGGAGGAGCCAGAGAAAACUACUCUGCUUGUCAAAGAACCUGAGCCGGCAACAGAAAUGCCAGGUACUAAAGCUGAAGAUGAAGUGGAUUUUCUGAGUCCGACCAGAGCAAGUUCAGUUUCUGAAGAGGCAACUGUUGGGAAUGGAGCUGCUGCCCCUCAGAUGAAACAAGGCCCAGAGUCCCCGACGAUAAAUCGAGAAAGUUGGUGUUCCAUAGAGCCAUGUCCUGGUGCAGCAUCACUCUUGGCUUCCAAACAGAGCACAGAGUGUGAGAACUUCUUGGCUGUCGGGCUGGGCGGGGAGUGUGCUUCAAAACAAGCUGUACUUCAAAGAGAAUCUGAGAGUGACCCUGACCUCUUCCAUUCGCCCAGUGAUGAGAUGGACAGCAUCAUCUUCUCAAAGCCUGAGGAAGAGCAGUUGGUUUGUGAUAUCAUGGGGUCCAGUUCUUCCACGGAUGAUACAGCUUCCCUGGAUCAACACUCUUCUCAUGGCAGUGAUGGGUCCCUCCCUCCAGCCUCAAAGCUCAACAAGCCCAGAGAUCAUCAAAGCCCCAAUGGCUUCUACAGCCCUGGGAUGGGAAUGGAGGGUCGAGAGAGUGAGAGUGAGCCUACGGGCUCAGGUGACGUGGAAGAGGAGGAGAUGGACAGCAUCACAGAAGUGCCUGCCAACUGCUCCAUCCUGAGGAGCUCCAUGCGCUCCCUGUCCCCGUUCCGGAGGCACAGCUGGGGUCCUGGGAAGAACGCUGCCAGCGAUGCAGAAAUGAACCAGCGCAGUUCAAUGCGAGUUCUUGGGGAUGUGGUCAGGAGACCUCCCAUUCAUAGAAGAAGUUUCAGUCUGGAAGGCUUGACAGGAGGAGAUGGUGUUGGGAGCAAGCCAUCUUCAUCUCUAGAAGUAAACUCUGCCAACGCCAAAGAUCUUAGACACCCUUUUGGUAUUGAGGAGCGGCGUGACUCUCUGGUAUCACUUUCCGAAGAGAAUCUGGAAUCAAACCAACGAGAACAUAGGAUAUUUGAUCAGCAGACAUAUCACAGAUCUAAGCAACAGAGAUUUAAUUACUGUACAUCAGCCAUUUCUUCUCCAUUGACCAAAUCCAUCUCAUUAAUGACAAUCAGCCAUCCUGGACUGGACAAUUCGCGGUCCUUCCACAACACCAGUGCUAACCUGGCCGAGAGUAUAACAGAAGAAAACUACAAUUUCCUGCCACCAAGCCUCACCAAGAAAGAUUUUGAAGGGAAGAGUGGAACCAAAGUUAGUCGUACCUUCAGCUAUAUCAAGAAUAAAAUGUCCAGCAGUAAGAAGAGCAAAGAAAAGGAGAAGGAGAAAGAUAAAAUUAAGGAGAAAGAGAAAGAUUCUAAAGAAAAGGAGAAGGAUAAGAAGCCUCUCAACGGACAUACUUUCAGUUCCAUUCCUAUUGUUGGUCCCAUCAGCUGUAGCCAAUGUAUGAAGCCUUUCACCAACAAAGAAGCCUACACUUGUGCAAAUUGCAGUGCUUUUGUCCACAAAGGCUGCAGAGAAAGUCUGGCUUCCUGUGCGAAGGUCAAAAUGAAGCAGCCCAAAGGGACCCUCCAGGCACAUGACACGUCAUCACUGCCCACCGUCAUCAUGAGGAACAAGCCCUCACAGCCCAAGGAACGUCCUAGAUCUGCGGUCCUUCUAGCGGGUGAUGCCUCUGCUGCCCCAGUGUUUGCCAACAGACGAUCCCAGCAGAGCGUCUCACUGUCCAAAAGUGUCUCCAUACAGAACAUUACUGGAGUCGGCAAUGAUGAGAACAUGUCAAACACCUGGAAAUUCCUGUCUCAUUCAACAGAUUCACUGAAUAAAAUCUGCAAGGUGAACGAGUCCACAGAGUCACUCACUGACGAAGGAGUAGGCACAGACAUGAAUGAAGGACAGCUAAUGGGAGACUUCGAGACUGAUUCCAAGCAGCUAGAAGCCGAGUCCUGGAGUCAGAUUGUGGACAGCAAGUUUCUGAAACAACAGAAGAAAGACAUCGUCAAACAACAAGAAGUAAUUUACGAACUGAUGCAGACUGAGUUCCAUCACAUCCGCACGCUCAAGAUCAUGAGUGACGUGUACAGCCGGGGGAUGAUGACAGAGCUGCUUUUUGAGCAGCAGAUGGUGGACAAGCUGUUCCCCUGUUUGGACGAGCUCAUCAGUAUCCAUAGCCAGUUCCUUCAGAGGAUCCUGGAGCGGAAGAAGGAAUCUCUGGUGGAUAAAAGUGAAAAGAACUUUCUUAUCAAGAGGAUAGGGGAUGUGCUUAUAAAUCAGUUUUCGGGUGAGAAUGCGGAACGCUUAAAGAAGGUAUAUGGCAAGUUUUGUGGCCAGCACAACCAGUCUGUGAACUAUUUCAAAGACCUCUGCACAAAGGAUAAGCGCUUCCAGGCUUUUGUAAAGAAGAAGAUGGGCAGUUCGUUGGUGAGGAGACUUGGAAUCCCAGAGUGCAUCUUACUUGUAACCCAGAGAAUCACCAAAUACCCAGUUUUAUUCCAAAGAAUAUUACAGUGCACCAAAGACAAUGAAAUGGAACGUGAAGAUCUAGCUCAGUCCUUGAGCCUGGUGAAGGAUGUGAUUGGAGCUGUAGACAGCAAAGUAGCAAGUUAUGAGAAGAAGGUACGUCUCAGUGAGAUUUACACGAAGACAGACAGCAAGUCGAUCAUGAGGAUGAAGAGUGGGCAGAUGUUUGCGAAGGAGGACUUGAAAAGGAAGAAGCUGGUACGUGACGGGAGUGUGUUUCUGAAGAGUGUAACAGGAAGGCUGAAAGAGGUGCAAGCGGUUCUGCUCUCUGACAUUUUGGUUUUCCUUCAAGAAAAGGACCAGAAAUACAUCUUCGCAUCAUUGGACCAGAAAUCAACGGUGAUCUCUUUAAAGAAGCUGAUAGUCAGAGAAGUGGCACAUGAGGAGAAAGGUCUGUUCCUAAUUAGUAUGGGGGUGAAAGAUCCAGAGAUGGUGGAGGUCCACGCCAGCUCCAAAGAGGAGCGGAACAGCUGGAUUCAGAUCAUCCAGGAUACAAUCAACACCCUGAAUAGAGAUGAAGAUGAAGGAAUUCCUAGUGAGAAUGAGGAAGAAAAGAAAAUGUUAGACACCAAAGCCCGGGAGUUAAAAGAGCAACUUCAGCAGAAGGACCAGCAGAUCCUCCUCCUGCUGGAAGAGAAGGAAAUGAUAUUUCGGGACAUGAGCGAGUGCAGUACUCCCUUGCCAGAGGCUUGUUCCCCAACUCACAGCCCUAGAGCCCUCUUCCGAGCCAACACCGAGGAGGCCCCCAAAGGAGGACCUUUGAUGAAAAGUGCAAUAAGCGAGGUGGAGAUCCUUCAGGGUUUGGUGAGUGGAAGUCUAGGAGGCACACUCGGGCAGGCUGCCAGCAGCCCUGCUGAGCAGGAAGCUACGGUUGGCCCCAUUUCCUUGCCCCGGAGAGCAGAGACCUUUGGAGGAUUUGACAGCCACCAGAUGAACGCUUCCAAAGGAGGUGAGAAGGAAGAUGAUGAUGGCCAAGAUCUGAGGAGAGCAGAGUCGGAUAGUGGUCUGAAAAAGGGCGGAAAUGCUAACCUUGUAUUUAUGCUUAAGAGAAACAGUGAGCAGGUUGUCCAAAGCAUCGUCCAUCUCCAUGAGCUCCUGAGCACUCUGCAGGGUGUGGUGCUCCAGCAGGACAGCUACAUCGAGGACCAGAGGCUGGUGCUGAGCGAGCGGGCGCUCACCAGGAGCUUGUCACGGCCCAGCUCGCUCAUUGAGCAGGAGAAGCAGCGCAGCCUGGAGAAGCAGCGCCAGGACCUGGCCAACCUGCAGCGGCAGCAGGCACAGCACCUGGAGGAGAAGCGCAGGCGGGAGCGGGAGUGGGAGGCCCGGGAGCGGGAGCUGCGGGAGCGCGAGGCGCAGCUGGCUGAGCGCGAGGAGAAGGUGCAGCUGGGACAGCAGGACCUGGAGAGGGACCGGGAGGAGCUCCGGCACAAGAAGGGCACCUACCAGAGCGACCUGGAGAGGCUGCGCGCUGCACAGAGGCAGCUGGAGCGGGAGCAGGAGCAGCUGCGGAGGCGGGAGGCAGAGCUGCUCAGCCAGAGACAGCUGGAGCGGGACCUUUGUCAGGUGCCACAUCCACACAGCAAGCUGAUGCGCAUCCCAUCCUUCUUCCCCAAUCCCGAGGAGCACCCCCUGCCCUCUGCCCCCUUGGCCACCAAAUCAGGAUCCCUGGACUCGGACCUCUCGAUCUCCCCCAAAAGGAACAGCCUCUCUCGGACACACAAAGACAAGGGGCCUUUUCACAUACUGAGCUCCCCAGGCCAGCCUAGCAAGGGCCCCGAAGGGCAGGCCCAGGCCCCCUCGAGCGCCACCACUCGCCUCUUCGGAUUAACUAAGCCAAAGGAAAAGAAGGAGAAAAAGAAGAAGAGCAAAGGAAGCCGCUCCCAGCCUGGUGAUGGUCCCGCAUCGGAAGUGUCGGCAGAGGGGGAGGAGAUCUUCUGCUGACCCGGCUCCUGAGCUCCGGCUGUGCCACCUGCUUCGCCUGCCGCCCUUGCGCACAAGUCUCUUACACUGGACGUCCACAGCUCCGCGUCCAGUCCUCGGCAAGGCGCGUCGUGUGCAGGUUAGGGUGGAAGGGCACAGAUGCCAUCCGGCCAUGGCCUGUGACUAACCAGGGCUCAGCGGGGCUGGUCCUGCUCAGGAUGUCGCCCGGAAAACAGCGCCCCUGAAGUACAGGCGCAGGUUAGGAUGCGAGCCAGCAGCCGCCACAGGGUGAAAGAGAGGGUCCAAAUGCCACCGAAACUCUGCCCACCUUGUAUUGUUUGGGGGGACAGAACUGGAGUCAGGGAGCAGGUACUGCAGAUUGUACACGCACAUGGGGUCUGGCGAUCUCAGUCAUGAGAGUAGCUUGGGCUCAGCCUGGUGGCUUGUGGACAUUCUGUCCUUCACUCUGUGGUCCUCCAAGAUUGGGUCCCCUUGGCACACUUCUCCCCCUUUUGUAUCCAUUUCUCAAUUCAUUUCAGAGGCAAUGGCAGACAUUUGUGAAACCAGUGAGAGAAGGUUUGAAAGCGUGUAAUCAGUCCCCCUCAGUCUGUGUCCUGGCUUAACUUAGAACAUCAGGUUCAGAAAAAAUGGACUGCUGCCUGCAUGCGCGUGGUUCCAGACACACGAAGUAGAGUCCUCCCCACCGUGGCGUGGUGUCACCAUUGGGUGUCACCAGCCUGGGAGAGGCCUCCAAGCGGCUUCCCAGGCAGCUGCCUGGGCCUGGGCCCCUCUGCCCCGAGGAGCCCCCGCCCAGCACCAGCCCCUGCACCAGGACAGUUGGCUGAGAGGUAGGUUCAGGGUUUCCACCAGCACAGACAGGAGCUGGCCCUGAGAGGGAGUGGGGAGGGUCAUCCUUCUGUGUCAGAAGGAAGGCCACAGUCUGACUUAGUUUCCUCCGUAUUUUAAACCCGAAGCUCUGUUGAGUAUUAAUUCUGCUCGCUCUGGGAGAUGUCACAGUGCUGUCUGUUUCUCCUCUGUCCUUUCCUCUGUUCCAUCUGUGUCUGCUGCUCUGCCAACAUCUCUGGUCACGCUUGUCCUCCCCGCUCCGCUGGCCCCCCGCGUGGCGUCUGCUCCUGGCAUCGGAGGCCUGGGACUUGGCGAAAGCGAAUCUUUACUUGGUGCUUGAUGUUGAACUGCAAGCUGGCCUUGCAGAUGGAGAUAUUUAUCUUUCAGUUUAUUUGAAAGAGUCUGGUUUCAGAUUUUUAGCCUAAAUCUGUUUUAUUUAUUUUGUGUAUGUGUCUCAUGUUUCGUGUUAUUUGUAAGGCUAGCCAGGUCUAGCCACCCAGCUGCCCACCCCAUGCAGAGCGAUGGCGGGCAGGCAUCAGCCUGUGCUGACAGUCCGGGAGAAGGCGGGGCUUCGUUCCCUCCCCACACACCUCCUUUAUUACGAAGGUGUCUUCCUCAAUCAGCAGUUUAGCAAUUGGCCACCUCUGAGGUACCUUUGCCUACUUUUUAAAAGAAACUUCACACUCUUCAGAAAGAGGCUUUUAAGACCAAAACCAACCCCCAUUUCUGUUGGGCCUUUCGCGGUGGGAGUCAGCCGCUGCCUUCAGCCCAGCCCUCUGGGCCUGUCCCCUUCCUCAGGUCCAGCGUAGACAGGGCUCGGCUGGCUGUCCCUGUCGCUGCUUCCCUGUGUUUGCCAUGAUGUGGUGCCAGCAGCUGCUCCCCCCUCUGCCCAGCCUCGGCUCCCCCUCACAGCAAGCUCUGAGGCAGGUAGCUUUGGGCAUUUGGAGGAGCAGAGCCAUCACGCUCCCCACAUCCCAGCAGCUUCUAGCAGCUCGGUCAGUUCUGCCUGCAUAGAUGGGAAUCACACAAAGGCAAUCCUGAGCUCCCCAAGAUGGCUUGCUGUGCCAGGCCUGCUCCCUGCCUCCUGCCCCACGUCACUUACAGAGAGGGGCCUUGGGGGGGCUCAGCUGCUUAUGCUUCGGCUCAUGACCUUGAGAAGCACUUGGAGCUCUGUUGUGAGUUCCCCCCUGAGAAACCACCCCACCCAGUCAAGCUGAAGAAAUCAGGUUGUUCUUCAGUUUGGUAGGGACAGAUAGAAGACCAUCCAGAGCCCUUGACAUGCGGAGUCCACCGGGCAGCAGGGAGGCUAACAGUAUCUUCUCUCAAAGGAUAACCGUCUCGGUCCUGUCACCUGCUUGGUGGCGUAGGAGCACUUUAAACACACAGCCAUUGGCUCCGUUUUGGAGACAAUCAAACGUGUUAGCUGUUUUCUUAGAAAACAGGGCGAAAACAUGCAAAUUGCCACAUUCUACCUUUGCCAAUGUUUCCUCUACCCCCAUGAGCCAUCUGAGAGGAAGGUACCCUUACUAAGCUUGUUUUUAAAAAGGUACGCACCAGCCUUCUUUCCUCUUCCAUGUCUCAGGGUUAUACCACUGAAAGCUGCCUCUGUUAGUCACCGCAAGGCCUCAGUGCUAGCAGGAAGCCUGCGCUGGGCUGGGUUUGAUCCAGUCCUCUACUUGGGGAUGUGUUAACAGGCCAGGGCUUAAGUAAAUGCAGCCCACCAUGGAGAUAGAACCACAGCCAGUAGGCCAGUGCUUUAGCCACAAAUUGCUCUCCUUAGAAGUACUUCCAGUGUCAUUCUUCUAUCCCUGUGGCUCUGUGUCCAUCUUGCCAAGAAGUCUGGUAUUUUCCUUGGAGCUGAAGUAUCUGAGGAUGGGUGGGCAGUUAUCAGGUGUAGAAAAUCACAGAUGACAGAGCAGCUCUGAGGUGACCAGACCCCACGUGCCAGGACGGCCUUGGAGUAUAAACACACAUGCCAUCUUCCCAAGCAAGCAUGAGCCUGCGUCCACACCGCGCGUCCACCUCAGACACCAAGGACAGACAGAUGAGUUUGGUUUCUACGUUUUUCUUUCUCUGUCAAAUAACAUUCCUUGGAAGCAGAGCUUUGGAAUCUCCCGCCUGCCGGCCGGGUGCUAAAAUAAGAGGUUCCUAAUCUGCCAUGGAAGCAGUGGGGAGAAGAAAAGGUCUCCAUUAAUUCGUCAGAAGUUGAACAGGAUGUGAGAUGUUUCCCCACCUCACCAAGGCUACCGGAUGGGUGACCCAGGCUGGCCGGACUCUCUGCCCUUGGCCGAGGCGCAGGCAUCCGCUGCGGGCCCUUCAAAGGAUUGUCCUCAGACCUCCAUCGCCACACAGGUGGCCGCUCCCACAGCACUCCUUGAAAGAGGUUCUGUGGCCAAUGGCCAGCCUGGCCUGGCCUGGCCUGUCCUGCCCUGCCCUGUCCUGCCCUGGCCACCCCUCCCUUGGGAUGCCCUCGCAGCAGGAUGGCGAGCUCUGCCCUCCUGGUUGUUUCAGAUGCUGUGUGAACAUUUCUGUGCUAAAUCCUAUUCAAGAAGAAAGCUGAGUUUAAGCCCACCUUUGUAUAUUAGACUGUAAUUAUGUAUAAAGUGAAGCAGUUUCAAAACUGUAAAAAAAAAAAUCUUUUUUUCAGUGUGUUUUCUGGAAUUUUGCCACAACAUACUGGCUUUGUAUUUUAUUUAUCUUCUAGUUACUGGUUUCAGACUCUUGUAAAGUCCCCCUCUGCCCUUUCAAAAAUAAAUUUCUUUUGAAGUCUUCA